GAACACACUUCUUUUAUCGCCGGGAUCUCCAAUUGUGUGACCCCAGCUCCCCUCUUUAAGUGGCGUGGACGAUGCCGCAGCCUUUGUGCUGCGGGUUAGGGAGCCGGGGCAAGAGGCCUGGAGCACGCGCGGUCGCCGCGUCUCGGCUCUUUCUGGCUGGAGCGUCAGCCGCUGGCUACUGGAGAAUCCAAGUGGCGCUGAGCUUCUUCGUGACCUUAGAGAUUAUCUCGAUUUGUGGGUAUCGUGGACCCUUGCGUAAAUUCACAGAGAAACAUGAAUGGAUAACAACAGAAAAUGGUAUUGGAACAGUGGGAAUCAGCAAUUUUGCACAGGAAGCUUUGGGAGAUGUCGUUUACUGUAGUCUGCCUGAAAUUGGGACAAAACUGAACAAACAAGAUGAGUUUGGUGCUUUGGAAAGUGUGAAAGCUGCUAGUGAACUCUAUUCUCCUCUAACAGGAGAAGUAACUGAAAUUAAUGAAGCUCUUGCAGAAAAUCCAGGACUUGUCAACAAAUCUUGUUAUGAAGAUGGUUGGCUGAUCAAGAUGACAUUGAGUAACCCUUCAGAACUAGAUGAACUAAUGAGUGAAGAAGCAUAUGAGAAAUACAUAAAAUCUAUUGAGGAGUGAAAAAUGGAACUCCCCCCUAAAUAAAGUAGUAUGAAACAACUUAAUCUAGCAUAGUUGUCUUAAAUUAGUGGUGAAUAGAAUUUUUAAAAUAACAAUUUGUAUUCAUACCAUGGAAAAACAAACUACAACAAUGCUAUUGGAAGAAAAUGCUCCUUAACCUUCCAAUGAUCGAAGAUAAACACAAUUUGCAUCUUUUUUUACAACCCCUGUGAUUUUUAAGAUAGGCUACAAUUAUAAUAUUCAGAACUCCUAAGAUCAUCUGUGGUGAAAUCUAGUUGUCAAAAUUAUGUAUUUCAAAGAUAACAUUUUAUCUUAAACCUUAUUAAUAUUGUAACUUAGAUCAGUUUCUGGAUUUCGGUCAAAAUACUUAAUGAGCCUUCCAUUGGAAAUCAUUGGCAGUGGAGAUAAGUUUUUGUUAGCGUCAGAUGACGAACAAAACUAUCUUAGUUUAGCAAUAUACUAAGUUUGCUGGUGCUAUUUUUAUACAGUGAAGCAGCAGCCUUGUGGGAAAACAAGAAAGUUUAAUAAUAAAACAUUCAACUUCUUCAUUAAUCUUGA